AUGGCUGCUCUCGCGCCGAGCUCACCGAGGCUUCCCAGCCCGCCUCCCCCAGCAGAGGACCAGAUCGGCCCUACUUCGCCUUCCAUGGGCUCCGCGAUGACGCUCGAGGCGCAGCAGAUGGAGCAGACGCUUCUGAACGCAAACUCUAAGCGCCGUAUCCAUCCGGGCACGAAAGCGGCCAACUUUGCUGCAGGGCCUCCCCUUGUCCCCUUGAACGAGCUUGACUCGGCGUUCCAACUCCAAGAGCACCUCGCGGCUCUGCACUACCACCACACCGCCAGCAACACGCAGCCCAUCAACCGCGAGACCGCGCAGCUCCUGGCGACACCGCCUCCCGGGAUCGACCGUACGCUAUGGCUCUACGAGCUCUGCCGCUUCCUCAUCUCGCAGUGCAACAGCCUCAUCGUCGGCUUCCUCUUCGAUGCCCCGCCCUGCAGCGCCGCGACGUGCCCCGAGAUGCGCGCCUCCGAGUGGCAGUUCCUCUGCGCCGUGCACGACCAGCCAAAGUCGUGCUGCGCCAUCGACUACUGCUGCCACACCCUCGACUGGGCCGCCAACGUCGUCACCAACCCAAAGAUCUUCCCGAGUCGAUUCUCGCUGGCCGGCGCCGAUGUGGCCUUGGACUCGAGGGCAGGCGGCGGAAGCAGCGGCGCCGCCACGGCAGUCAAGAACCUCGUCAAUGUCUUCCGGCGCCUGCACCGGAUCUUUGCGCACGCGUGGUUCCAACACCGCGGCGUGUUCUGGAGCGUCGAGGGCCAGACCGGCCUGUACGUCUUCUUCAAGACGGUCUGCGACCUCUACGACCUGCUUCCAGCGGAGAACUAUAAGUUGCCGCCCGAAGCGGAAGGCCUCGAGGCACCAAACCUCGGCGGGUUUUCUUCAGACGGGGCCGGCGGCGACAAGAGGUCCUCCAUCGUGCCGACAUCGAUCGCGAAGCCGCCAGCCCAGCGGGAGAGCCUCGGCGAGGACCUCCAGCCGGUCGGGCGGACAAACACCCGGAGGCACAUUAGGAGUAGCCCUUCCACCGGUAGCGCGGUCACGACGGUCAUGGAGCAGGACGAAGACGACCAUGGCGACGUCGUGGGCAAGCUGAAGGAGAUGCGCAUAUCUGCACCGCACUCGGCAGAGGGGGAGCCCGAUGUCGCAGAAGUUCCGGUCAUUGUCGAGCACGGUCCUGCAGGCCGGCCGCAGCAUUCUUCAGCCGCGUCACAUCAGGAGGGGGUGAAGCCUGUUGGUCAAGAGAGUGACUCUGAGGGGACGACGGUGCACGAGGCGCCGGAGGGUAGUACAUCGGCGGAUGAGCUCAGGAACGUGGCUGGCUCUAGCUCGUCACAGCCCGAGGUGACAGAGGUAGAAGUUGGUGCCUCAGAUGAGGAGGACGAAGCUAGCCCUCAUGCCAAGCAUGAACCCGAAACCGUCGACGUCCAGGGUGCAGGCGACGAGAAGUCGACACCAGUCGAUAAUUUGGAUCCCACCGCCGGCAAGGAGGAAGCGUCUGCGGCCGAUGCUACUACUUCUGGCCCGGGAGAAGAUACAGAGAAAGAUGGCCAGCCAGGAGAGAAGGACAAGUUGCAGAAGGGCGAAGAGGAACCCGAGGAGCCAGCCGGGUCGGAGCCGGCUUCCGACCCUAAGCCUGAGGGAACAGCUUAA